GUGCCGCGGCAUCCGUCGUCGCGAAGAAGACGUGGGAGCCCGGUCGUUCGUGGAAGGCAAGCACCAUAACGGACCUCGCUAUUUCGUGGUGGUGGCAGUCGCUGACGACACGGAUGAGUCAAUUCGCACACGGAAUUCGUUCGUUUGAUGCUUCGUCGAUGUCAGCCACAACGGCGGCGGCGGCUAGCGAGGAAAAUUCCGUCGACAACACAACUCACGUCCUCGGAGUUGCCCAUCGCUCCGCUUCGUCGCUCGUGGCGCAUCUUCAGUCGAUCGUGUGGCUGACGUAUCGAAAAGAUUUUGCGCAAAUGAUUCCAUACAAUUUCACCAGCGAUGCUGGAUGGGGCUGCAUGCUUCGGUCAGCACAAAUGUUGCUGUGUGAAGCCCUUCUGCGAAAUCUCGCGAUUCAUGCCGAUCGCCGCUUCCAGUGGGACGAUAUAUCGGCCGAGCUCUCUCCCUCAGUUGUGCAGAUUUUGCGGUCCUUCGUCGAUUCCCCAUCCUCCAAGUGCACAUUUGGUCUCCAUCGAAUGGUCCAGGUCGGCAUGCAGUACGAUAUGUUGCCAGGGGAAUGGUACGGACCGACGACAGCCGCUCAAGUAUUGCGUGAUUUAGUCAACGAAGAAACGGACAUUGGCAACCUUAACUUGCGCAUGUACGUUCCACAAGACGGCGUCAUCUACACAGAUGAAGUCAACAAGUUGUGUAUCACGUCAUUCGUGAAGCCCGCUGCUGCUGCUGCGACGUGUUUGAACUCGAACUCGUCGUCGUCAUUCUACGAUCCUCUGUUCAACCUUCCUCAAGUGGACGUCGCCGCGGGCUGGACUCAUUCAUUGCUCAUCUUGGUUCCUCUGCGUCUCGGGCUCGAAAAGAUCAACACCACGUAUAUCCCAGCGUUGACCGCGUUCUUUUCGUUCCCCCAGUCCGUCGGCAUCAUUGGCGGCAAACGCGGGCAUUCCGUGUAUUUUGUCGGUGCGCGCGGACACCAAUUUCAUAUACUUGACCCCCACACAGUUCAUCCGACACCCGAUGCCGACGACGCUGCAUUCCCGACGGCGACGCACGCGCGUACGAUUCACUCGACAGACCAUCUCGUCAUGGAGGUGGAUUACAUUGAUCCAUCUCUGGCCCUUGGAUUUCUGUGCAAGUCUCGCUCCGAGUACGAUGACUUGACCGCGAGGGUGGCCGCGCUGUCUGCCACACACACGUGCCCAAUUUCCAUUGCAGGGGCACGACCAGAUUAUGCACAAGACACGUCGGAAUUGCACUCGGUCUCGGGCGAUUCGGCGACAGACGGCGGGGACGUUGACGACGAGGACGAUUACGUUUUGAUUUAGGACAGGUUUCACUGGUAUAUGCGGAUUGAAUCAUGUACACGAUCGAUGAGCGCCCACAUGAGGCGGGAUUCCUGC